GGGCCGCAAACUCACUUGGCUGUCUUGUAGUACCAAACAGGAGAUUCCUCUCCCUGCCCAUUCUUCCCCUAAUUAUACGCAGCAAAAGCUCAAAGUUACUAAAGUUGAGGUAGUACAACGUCAGCCACUUUUAUUAUCUAAUACCAUGGUAAGCUAAGUUCCAUUCAUCAUUAUAUCAACUCCACUUCUAGUAACAACACACACUCUUUGUUUCUCUGCAAACCUCUGCAUUACUCUCUGCAAUAAAAACCAACUUUUUCUUCAAUUUGGUGCCAAUUAUUAUCAACUCUGCUGUGUUUAGUUGGGCUUCUUUCAUUAAACCAGUGGCAUAUAUACUUUUGCUCCCUACCCAUUUCUUAUCUUUUGUUUUUUUGCAGCUCCACCUUUUGAUUCUAAAUCCUCAUAGAUUUGGUAAACAAAACAACUAUAACUGCAGUUGGUCACCAUCUCUCUUUCUUUCUUUCUCUCUCUCUCUCUCUCUGUUCCCCUUAGUCACUAUGAAUAUGUAGACUGGAUGCAAAAUCAGCUCAAGAAUCCAUGGGUUUCAACACGAGCAUUUUCCAUCGCCUCGCCUUUCUUCUUCAACUUCUUCUUCUUCUAGUUCCUUCGCUUGCUCUCAACACUGAUGGGGUCCUUCUGCUUUCUUUCAAAUAUUCCAUCCUCAGCGACCCGUUAUCAAUCUUGCGAAGCUGGAACUAUGAUGAUGAAACGCCAUGUGCAUGGAAUGGAGUAACCUGCACUGAACUAGGCAUUCCAGGCACACCAGACAUGUUCAGGGUCACCAGCUUGGUCCUCCCAAACAGCCAUCUUCUUGGCUCUAUUUCAGCAGACCUUGGCCAUAUCCAGUACCUUCGCCACUUGGAUCUCUCAAGCAACCUAUUUAAUGGAACUUUGCCAAGCUCAAUCUUUAACUCAACUGAGCUUCAGGUACUCUCUUUGUCCGGCAAUGUUAUUUCUGGUGAGUUGCCUGAGUCUAUUGGUAGAAUGGUUAGUCUUCAGCUCUUGAAUCUCUCUGAUAAUGCCUUGGCUGGGAAUGUACCCGAAAAUCUGACUGCUUUGCAAAACUUAACUGUUGUCUCUUUAAGAAGCAACUAUUUCUCAGGUCGUGUACCUAGCGGUUUCAAUUCACUUGAGGUGCUGGAUCUGUCCUCAAAUCUGCUAAACGGGUCUCUCCCUUUAGAUUUUGAUGGUGGUAAUUUGCGUUAUUUGAACUUAUCUUACAACAAGAUUUCAGGGUCAAUAUCACCAGAGUUUGCAAAGCAACUUCCUCAGAACGCCACAAUCGAUCUCUCAUUCAAUAAUUUAACUGGGGCAAUUCCAGAGUCUCUAGCUUUGCUUAAUCAGAAAACGGAGUCCUUUUCAGGUAAUAUUGACCUAUGUGGGAAACCGUUGAAAAACCUUUGCUUAAUUCCUUCAACACUUUCGACUCCACCAAAUGUGUCCCAAUCCAUUUCACCAGCAAUUGCUGUGAUACCUAAGUCAAUAGACUCAACCCCAGUAGCAAGCUCAUCACCAGGAGAACCAAAUAACACUCAAAAUCAAGCACGAGGCAGCCUAAAGCCAGGCACAAUAGCAGCAAUAGCUGUUGCGGACUUAGCUGGUAUAUCCAUUCUUGGCAUGAUCAUUCUUUACGUCUACCAACUCAAGAAGGGAAAAGAUCUCAACCAAAGCACCACAGCAACAAGCAACCUCGAGAAAAAACCAGACGUCCCGGUAUCAAAAGCUCAAGUGGAAUCAGGAACAAUGCCAUCAUGUUCAUGCAUAAAGUUAAAACUCAUAGAGACAUCGGACACUACCAGUUCUGAUAGUGAUGACCAGGAAGAGAAGAACCAAGUCAUCAAUGUGAACCCAAGUGAGGCAUACCAGAAAGGGGGCAAACUCGUGACAGUGGAUGGGGAAACUGAGCUAGAGCUUGAGACUUUGUUGAAGGCAUCAGCUUAUAUUUUGGGGACGAGUGGGUCGAGCAUUGUUUACAAGGCUGUGCUAGAGAAUGGGACUGCGUUUGCAGUAAGAAGGAUUGGAGAGAGUUCAGUCGAGAGGUUAAAGGAUUUUGAAAGCCAAGUUAGGAUUAUAGCCAAGUUACGGCACCCAAAUUUGGUUAAGAUUCGUGGGUUUUACUGGGGCGAUGUCGAGAAACUUGUUAUCUAUGACUACGUCUCCAAUGGCAGCCUCGCUUGCUCCAGUUACAGAAGAUCAGGCUCAUCAUCACCUUGCCAUUUACCUCUUGAAGCCCGUGUUAAAAUAGCAAGAGGAGUAGCUCGGGGACUGGCCUACAUUCACGAAAAGAAACAAGUGCAUGGCAACUUCAAACCAAGCAACAUCCUGUUAAACUCUAACAUGGAGCCUUUAAUAAGUGACCUGGGACUAGACCGCCUUGUUUCAGGCAAUGUCAGCUACAAACCAAACAAUUCAUCGGCCAGGUUUUUAAGCAGCCAACGGUCCACAGCUUCUCGCGAUGGCCCACCCGACCCCCCAACCAGUCCAAGCUCCCAUGCGCCUGCCACCGCCAGCUCCUCCACCGGAACACCAACGCCAUAUCAAGCACCAGAGUCAUUAAAGAACCUCAAACCAAACCCCAAAUGGGAUGUCUACUCAUUCGGCAUAAUUUUGCUUGAGCUUCUCAGUGGGAGAGUGUUCUCAACCCGGGAGUUGGGUCAGUGGGCGGUGCCAGGCGGUUCAGUAGAGGAAGAGAAGAACCGGGCUGUUCGGUUGGCUGACGUGGCGAUCAGGGGAGACGUGGAAAGCAGGGAAGAAGCCAUGUUGGCGUGUUUUAGAUUAGGGUUUAGUUGCUCAUCAUUUGUGCCACAGAGGAGACCGUCCAUGAAAGAAGCAGUCCAAAUCCUAGAGAAGCUCCCUUCAGCUUCGUCUUCUUCUUCAUGCUAAUGAUGCAGUUGGGUCCUACGAAGAAAGUGUUCCUUGUUCUUGUUGGGGAGGCGCUAAAGUGAUUUUCUUUUUCCUCUUUAUCAAAAUCCUUUGUUGACUUGAACGCUUUGCAUAAAGAACCGGAGAGAUUGUUGAUAGCCGAAUGUAAAAAAAAAGUGUUUUGUAUGUUUGACCCAUUACUCAGAUGUCGAGCACUCGCUGUUUAUUUAUUAUUACUACUGUAUAAUUUAUAAUCUGAUAUUAAAUGGAUUUGGUUAUCUUUUGGUGGAUCA